CCGGGGCCCGGGCGACGCCUGGAGGCCUCCUCCAGAGGCGGCGCGGAGGCCUCCUCUAGAGGAGGCAGGAGAUCCGCAGCCCGAGAGCCCGCCACCCGCGCUCCCCGGCGUCAGGCGGAAGGAGGAGCCGUCACAGGGCACCAGAACCGAGGAAGGAGAAGGCACCUUCGCCAGGAUUCGCAGCCGGACGGCUUGAACUUGUACCGCAUUGGUUGAGGCUGAGGAAAUGUUGAUGGUGGAUUAAAAUUAUUUCUACAGCCCAUGCAUAUGAGGAGAGCUUAGGCUGUUGAUCUAAGAAAGAUGACGCCUUCAGAGGCUGCACUGGUUGUGUUAAACACAGAGCUUACCUGCAGAGAUGGCUUGGAAGAGGAAGAAUCCGGGAAAAAUCUUCAGAGAAAAUGUCUAGCAAUUAUAACCCGUGUAACCCUUGCCAAGGUUAAUUGUUGUUUUCUCAUUAUUGCGGCCCUGAGUACAUGCGUGUUUGCAUUUUCUAUUGUUUUGCCAGAGAAAAAGGCAACAAUAGAGCAUCGUAUGAACGCUGUCUGCCCAGCAAACUGGAUUGGAUUUGGAAACAAGUGUUUUUAUUUUUCUGAAGAUGCAAGGAAUUGGACUUUCAGCCAGACCUUCUGUGCCUCAUUAGAAGCCAGUCUUGCUCAGUUUGAAACCAUGGAGGAAUUGAAGUUCCUGAAAAGAUACAAAGGCUCUUCUGACCACUGGAUUGGCCUUAGCAGAGAAUCAUUACGUCACAUUUGGAAAUGGACAGACAGUACUGAAUAUAAUAUCUCGAUUGCCAUCAGAGGAGUUGGAGAAUGUGCCUACCUGAAUGAGAUGGGAGUCAGUAGUGCCAGCAUCUACACAGACAGGAAAUGGAUUUGUAGCAAACCAAACAGUUAUAGUAAUAGUUGCCAAAGUACCUGAAGCUCUUCAUCCACUGUAAUUUGUUAUAUACAGUUGCUGUAUAUAACAGCAACCACUUGCGGGAGUGGUUUUGCCCCUUUUGCCUUUUGGCCUCCAGCCAUGUGUAGACACAGCGUUUGUUUCCUCCAGUGGAUGUAGCAACUAUCUUGGAAUCAGAGAAAACAGGCCUUCAUUAGACAUUGAACCUGCCCGCACCUUGAUUUUCGACAUCCCAGCCUCUGGAGCUAAGAGCAAAAUAAAUUUCUGUUUUUUAUAAAUUA